UCGAGGGGGGCGCGCGUGUGUGGAAGCUUGCGAUUAAAGCGUGUACUACAAUUCCCAGCAUGCACUUGGACCUCCUAAAAGGCGGGGAAGGCAUGGAAGAGCAGCCAAGUGAACCAGAAGAAAAAGAGAGGUUUCCUGGUUUCGGUGAUUGUAAAACCUGGGGAAGGGAACUGGUUUUGAAAAGCGGUGAGGUGAGGGAUUUCACACGAAACUAAUGACCUCAGUUCGUGACCCACAUCUUCUCCCACGGCAGCCCACUUUUUGUAGGACUUUCUGAGACACAAGCUUGCAAGAUUAUAAAAGGAAAAUGGAGGAUUAUAUAGAGACUAAAGUGAAAAUACCAUUUGGAGCUAAAUACUUAGAUGCCGUUUUCUCCAUCCCUGACAAGAUGCCAUCAUAUGCUGUGAUUCUUACUCAUGGGGCAUCUGGUGAUAUGAAUUUUCCUCAGCUGAUAUCUUUGGCAAAUUACCUUGCUUCUCAUGGAUUCCUGUGCCUGCGAUUUACAUGCAAAAGCCUUAACCUUAUCUAUAGGACUAAAGCAUAUAAAGCAGUUGUGGACUAUAUAAGAUCUGCUGGUGACUAUAAGCUUUCUGGCAUUUUUAUUGGAGGUCGUUCAAUGGGUUCACGCGCUGCUGCCUCCGUGACACGUGAAGCUGAUCAAGAUAAUGAUAGCUUCAUUCAAGGUCUGAUAUGUCUGUCUUACCCACUGCACCGACCAAAGCUUCAGAACAAACUUCGGGAUGAAGAUUUAUUUCUUAUUAAAUCCCCUGUGCUAUUUUUGUCUGGAACUACAGAUGAGAUGUGUGAUAAACAAUUGCUGGAAGGUGUUGCAAUCAAAAUGAAAGCACCUAACAAAGUCCAUUGGAUUGAAAAGGCAAAUCACAGCAUGACAGUAAAAGGACGAACUGCAGAUGAGAUCUCAUUGGAAAUAAACAUCCAGGUUUUGUCUUGGAUCAAAGAAAUCAUUUUGUAAGAACACAAAAUCACCAAAUACUAUAUAUAGUCUAGCAUGACGACAGUCUGGAUAUAUGAUUAAUAACUCCUUUGUAUAGGAAUAAAAUGUUUCCAUCUAUGCAGGAGUAAUGGAUUGAUAAAGAGUAAACCUAUAUUCUGUGUGUGUGUAUGUAUAUAUAAUGGGGUAUAUGUUUUGUCCUAAAUAUAAUUCCUUCUUUUCUAUAUUAUAUAGUUAAUGUUCAGUGAUUACUGAAAUAAACUUUUGCAUUUUUACUGAACACUUUCUAACAUAUCUGACACUUGUAUACACAAGCCACGGUCUAGCAAUACCUUUAUUAGGAUCAUGCAAGAUGACCAAAUUCUUGAGCCAGUUUUUGAGUUUUUCAGACCUCUUCAUCAGACUAGAUAGUAAGCAAAGCAAAAUGUGGGUUGGGAGUAUGUGUAGCUGGCUGGGCAUGUUUUAAAAGCCUGCAGUUUGUAACAGUCUUCAGAUGGUAUGGGAGGAGCUAAGCAGGCUCAGGCUAAUCAACAGUCUAUAACAAUGUUCAGAUGGAGUACUGGAGGAGUUGAGACCCACGUUGAUUAGCCCGCUUUUACUUACAGGGCUGUUACAAACUGCGGACUGGUCAGACAUGGCCAGCUAGCCACCCUUCUUCCCUUUUUGCUUUCCUUAACAUCCAAUCUGCCUCAAGAACUCAAGAUUCUUGCUUAAGAGUCUGUAUCUAUCUGGAUGGUCCUAAUAAGACUUUAUUAGACGGGGGCUUCUAAAACUAUGCCCCCCCGCCCCAAUAUGGACCAACACAGCUACCUAUUAUUUUUGCAUAUUUAGGAGUAGAUGACUUUUUAAACUACUUUAAUAUGUUGAGCCACUCCUGUAAAACUGCCCUUUUAAAUACUAUUAAAUAUCCAUCAGUGUUUUCUCAUUUUUCUUGUUUACAUGUGUGUAUAUUGGGUAAUUCCUAAAUCUAGGAUGUAAUGUGAUAUUGUAGAAACAGUUCAUCAAAGAACAACUUUUGUGUCUUGGUUAGAAUAAAACAUGUGCUUUCUGUA